AUGUGGGUGUUUCACUCAAAAGUGGAGGCAGAUGAAGGUUUCCCGGUUUUUCAUGUUACAACACUUGCCGAUGUCCUGUUGUUUAAACACACUGUCUUUGGCGAUGCAUCAUUCAGACUGGAGUGGCUGUGGCACGAGGAGCUCAAGCGGCGGGGGAAGGACGCAGCGUCUCUGUCCCGGGUGUUCUGGAGGUUCUGUCAGACCCGUAUGCUGGUGGCCAUCUUCUCCCUGCUCAUCACCAUGGUGGCUGGAUUUGUUGGACCUGCUCUGCUGAUCCGAGCCCUGCUGGAGUACUCUCAGUGUGCAGAGGUGAAGCUGCUGUAUGGUCUGGCUCUGGUCGGCGGGAUUUUCCUCAUGGAGCUGACACGCUCCUGGUCUCUAGCUUUCAUGUGGGCUGUCAGCUACCGCACGGCCGCACGCCUCCGGGGAGCCGCGCUCACUUUCGCCUUCCAGAAGAUCCUGCGACUACGCAGCACUAAAGACAUCAGCACUGGAGAGCUGGUAAACAUUUGCUCCAGUGAUGGACAGCGUCUGUACGAGGCUGUCUCGGUGGGCUGUCUGCUGGCUGGAGGGCCUCUCGUUGGGAUUUUGGGUCUGUCAUACACCAUCUAUUUCUUAGGACCGACUGCACUCGUGGGAUCGGCCAUUUUUGUCUUCUUCUACCCCACCAUGAUGCUGGCCUCCCAUUUGACAGCAUAUUUCCGUAAAAGGUGUGUGGCGGUUACAGACCGGCGCGUCCGGCUGAUGAACGAGAUCCUGGGCUGUAUUAAGUUCAUUAAGAUGUACUGCUGGGAGACGGCGUUUGCUAACAACAUUCAAAGGGUUCGAUCAGAAGAGAGGAGGAUCCUGGAGAGAGCCGGCUGUGUUCAGAGCCUAACGGUAGGUGUGGCUCCAGUGGUGGUGGUGAUAGCCAGCGUGUGCACAUUCACACUUCACAUGGCUCUGGGCUAUGAUCUCACCGCAGCACAGGCCUUCACCAUCGUUGCUGUUUUCAACUCCAUGACCUUUGCUCUAAAGGUCACGCCCUUGGCGGUGCGUGCUUUAUCCGAAGGCUCCGUGGCGACGGUGGGUGUGGCUCCAGUGGUGGUGGUGAUAGCCAGCGUUUGCACGUUCACACUUCACAUGGCUCUGGGCUAUGAUCUCACCGCAGCACAGGCCUUCACCAUCGUUGCUGUUUUCAACUCCAUGACCUUUGCUCUAAAGGUCACGCCCUUGGCGGUGCGUGCUUUAUCCGAAGGCUCCGUGGCCGUGAAAAGAUUUCAGAAGCUCUUCUUGAUGGAGGACAGGGAGCUGAUCUCAAACAAAACGGAAGAUCCCUAUAAUGCGGUGGAGUUUAAAGACGCCACACUGGCCUGGGAGAAGACCAGCGGCUCGCAGGGGAAAAAGAGCCGAGCCCAGCAGAAAAGAGGAGGCAUGAAGAGGGUUUUGAGGAGGGAGAAGCUGAGCUUGUACAUCACCACAGAGAACAGCAAAGGGGAGAGCGAGGAAGCCAACGCAGAGCACCUCCUCACACACAUGGAGCAGGAGAGCCCACAGAGCACCAUCUCCUCCACACAGAGCAUCCGACCUCCGCUGCACAAAACCCUGCACCGCAUAGACCUCUGCAUCCGGAAGGGGUCACUGGUUGGGGUUUGUGGAGGAGUCGGCAGUGGAAAGAGCUCGCUGCUAUCUGCUCUACUGGGACAGAUGACCCUUCUUGGCGGCUCAGUAGCUGUAAACGGAGACUUCGCAUAUGUUGCUCAACAGGCCUGGAUCCUCAACGAUUCCCUCAGGGAGAACAUCCUGUUUGGACAAAAAUACAUUGAGGAGAAGUACAACGCAGUUCUGGAAGCCUGCUGUUUAUUUCCUGAUAUUAUUGAGCUGCCAUAUGGCGAUAUGACUGAGAUAGGAGAGAGAGGAGCCAAUCUGAGCGGCGGUCAGCGGCAGAGAGUGAGUCUGGCCCGUGCGCUGUACAGCGAGAGACCCGUCCUUCUGCUCGAUGACCCCCUCAGCGCCGUCGACGCUCGCGUGGGAUCGCACCUAUUCCACAGCGCCAUCCGCCGCACGGCCAAGAGCAGGACUGUCAUCUUUGUCACGCACCAGCUGCAGUUCUUGCCUGAGUGUGAUGAGGUGGUGUUAAUGAAGGACGGUCAGAUAGCAGAGCACGGCACGCACAUCCAGCUGAUGGAGAAAGGCCGAGACUACGCUGCCCUUUUCAACAGCGUGCAGCAAGAGGUGCGAAAACACAAGGUUACACUUUUUUGUUGUUCUUCUCUCUUUCUGUCGUCUGAUGUGCCCCUCACAGAUCAGCUCAUGCAGGCGGAGGAAAAGGGGAGCGGGGCCGUGGCCUGGCAAGUGUACACUACUUACAUCAAGGCUGCAGGAGGGCCUCUGGCUUUCAUCGUAAACAUCCUCCUCUUCCUCUUCACCACCGGCAGCAUCGCCUUCAGCAACUGGUGGCUCAGUCACUGGAUCGGGCAAGGUAGUGGGAAUUCCUCGCUGCUGCAGGGGAACGAGACCGCCGAGAGCGACAGCAUGCGACUGAAUCCGCACAUACAGUACUACUCCAGGGUGUACGUCUUAUCCAUGGGGGCGGCGCUCUUCCUGAAGACGGUGCGAGGGCUGGUGUUCGUCAAGUGCACUGUGCGGGCAGCCUCGGUUCUGCAUGAUAAACUAUUUAAGACUCUACUUCUGAGCCCCAUGCGCUUUUUUGACACAACACCCCUGGGACGCAUUCUCAACCGAUUCUCCAGGGACAUGGAUGAGGUUGACGUGCGUCUGGCGAUGCAAGCCGAAAUGCUGCUCCAGAAUGUGACAUUAGUGCUGUUCUGCCUGGGCAUGGUGGGCGUUGUCUUUCCCUGGUUCCUGUUCUCCAUCAUUCCUUUAGGGGCGUUCCUCUUCAUCGUCAACCGCAUCUCCAGGGUUCUCAUUUGUGAGCUGAAGCGCCUGGAAAAUAUCAGCCAAUCCCCUUUCACCUCUCAUAUCACCAGCAGUCUGCAAGGCCUGUCCACUAUCUAUGCUUACGGCAGGGGUGCUGACUUCAUACACAGGAAUCAAGCCCUGCUUGACACAAACCAAGCGUGUCACUAUCUGUUCAGCUGUGCUAUGCGCUGGCUGGCUGUGCGUCUGGACCUCAUCAGCAUUUCUCUCAUCACCACUAUAGCCCUCCUCAUCGUCUUCAUGCACGGCCGCAUUCCUCCUGCCUACGCCGGUCUGGCCAUCUCCUACGCCGUACAGCUAACCGGCCUGUUUCAGUUCACCGUGAGGCUGCUUUCUGAAACCGAAGCCCGCUUUACAUCAGUGGAGCGGAUCAAUCAUUACAUAAAGAACCUGGAAAGCGAAGGUACCCGACAGAUCUGCGGCUCCUCCGCUCCUGCUUCCAGCUGGCCAGAAGAAGGACGAAUCACCUUCCAGAAUGUGGAAAUGCGAUAUCGGGAUGACCUUCCUCUGGUUCUGAAGAAUCUCUCCUUUAGUGUACUUCCAGAAGAGACCGUAGGGAUAGUUGGCAGAACGGGUUCAGGUAAAUCUUCACUGGGCGUCGCACUCUUCAGACUAGCAGAGCUCAGCCGAGGAUCAAUCAUCAUUGAUGGUGUCAACAUCGCUCACAUUGGUCUGGAGGACUUGAGGAGCAAGCUGUCAGUCAUCCCCCAAGAGCCGGUUCUUUUCAUUGGUACUGUCAGAUCAAAUCUGGAUCCCUGGGAUCAGUAUACAGAUGCACAGAUCUGGGAAGCACUGGAGAAAACGCACGUUAAGGACAUGGUAAGCCAGCUGCCUAAUUCACUGCAUUCAGACGUGACGGAGAACGGAGAGAACUUCUCAGUGGGAGAGAGACAGCUGCUGUGUGUGGCCAGAGCUCUUCUCAGACACAGCAAGAUCCUGCUGUUAGACGAGGCAACAGCUGCGAUUGACACAGAGACAGACCGCCUCAUACAGGACACCAUUCGCACCUCGUUCAGUGGCUGCAGCACUCUCGUGAUCGCGCAUCGCCUCAACACUGUGCUGAACUGUGACAGGAUCAUGGUCCUGGACCAGGGGCAGAUUUUGGAGUUUGACACCCCUUCAAACCUGCUGGCUGAUGAAGACUCACGUUUUCGUGCCAUGAUGUUGGCAGCUGAAGAAACGCUUAGUCACCCCUAAGAAGUCAGCAGCCACUGAAGACAUCCAGAGAGACACAGAGACACAUCCGGAGAGAGCAGAGCUCCUCCAGCCAGCUGAGAAGACUGAAAUCCUUGAAGCUGCUCAAACUGAGAUUGUCCGUUUGUUUGGUGUACUUUAAGACGAUGCUCAUGUUGUUAUUAGCACACAGAGAGAUUCUGAGUUUAUAUAGUGUAUGAUGUCCGACGGAAACGUUCAUGUUGAUGGCACUUUAUUUGUGUUACGUGGCUGAAGAAUCCUGCCUUCCGCAGAAGCAUCAGGACUCCUGGAGUCAGUCUGAACAAGUGUUGACUGAGUGUGUUUCUCAUACGAGACUUCCUUCUACUUGGGUUUGGAGGAAGUAGAUUUUGCACACUGAUAAUGUAUUUGUUUUCCUGUCUUUAAGCAUUUAUUUGCUGUGUAAAAGUAUGCAAGAUAUGUAUCGACCAUAAGGUAUCCUAUUGAUUUGCCUUAUUUGUAUCUGAGGUUUUCAGGCAUAUAUGAAUCCAACCAAAGAUGACGUUCAGAUCAGUCACACAUAUCAAACAUUCCAGAAAUCAGCACAAAAUGUUUAUUUUUAUAUCUGCUUGUGCUUUUGUUGUUACUCAUACUGUGUAAGUUGUGUGCCUCUGCUGUCAUAUAUUUGGCAGAUAUCUGUCAAAAGCAUUGUGCGAAUAGUGUUUUAGUGACGAAAAUGUGCAAUGUGAAUUCUUGCAAUAAUUCAACGUUCUUAUUUGUACGAUUUCUGCGUAAUAUGCUGUUCUGAUUUAAAAAAAAAAAUUUUUUUGCUUACAACUUUCAUUGAUUGUCAUUAUGCUGGGUUGAUUAUAUCCUCCGGAGAAUCCAAAGAGACUUUAAUUUAUGUUUGAAAUCAAGGUAGUUUCAUGCACACAUGGAGGCUGGGAAGAUUGUAAUGCUAAAUAUCUCAUUCAUUCUUGAGGAGUGACUGUACUACUUCAUCUCAAGACUACACUUUGUGAUCUCUUCAGGAAUGGAUGACUUGGUUGGUUUUAUUUUCCAGGCUGAAAAUUGCACAGUGAACAUUUAUGUACCUGAAACAUGCAAGGCCUUUGGGGGUCUAUAUAUAUUUUUGUAUAAAUAUAUAUGGCAUACCGUGCAGUAUCUGUUUAGAUGUUUGUCUUGGAAAUAUCAAGAUAAAGAGAAACUGGUUCAUAAGCUUAGAUACAGUAUGCUUAUCAUUAAGAGUUGCCUUGUUCUUUAUGAUUCAGAGAUUAUAGUUUUGUGGUUGUUUUAUGAACACUUGUUUUAUGAUUGUUACAAAAAAUACUUUAAUUGAA